AUGGCGCUUUGCCUGUGGCUUAUUGUGGUGGCCCCAGUAUGCUGCUGGGGCCAGGGGCCAGUGGACACAGGGGACAGUGGGGUUUUCCAGCCCCAGAGUGCCCUCACUGACAUGGAGUUUGCCAGUGUGAGCACAUACCACGGCCCUGGAAACACUGACCCUCGCCCCAAUAAUAAGCUGCCCAUCCUUCUGUGGUGGAGCUCCAAUCUGUUCCCACACUUCCCAGGAGACACAGAGCGUGUGGACUGCGCCCACUCGUCCUGCCUGGUCACAAGCAACCGCAAAGUCCAGCUGUAUCGCCGCACGGCAUCUAUCAUUUUCUAUGGCACAGACUUCCGGGCGUACGAGGCUCCGCUGCCACGUUUGGCCCAUCAGACCUGGGCGCUUUUCCACGAAGAGUCACCCAUGAAUAACUUCCUGCUCUCCCACAGUGUUGGAAUCAGACUGUUUAACUACACAGCCACGUUCAGGAGGGAGUCGGACUAUCCGCUAACGCUGCAGUGGUUACCCUCUCUGGAUUAUCUUCUGAAAGCACCGGCAGUCCCUCUGCAGGAGAAGAACCGCUGGAGACAGGCCGGUCUGGCCCCUGUGCUCUACAUGCAGUCCCACUGUGAUGUGCCUUCAGACCGUGAUCGCUACGUUCAAGAACUGAUGACAUUUAUAGAGAUUGACUCGUAUGGGAAGUGCCUUAAUAACAAACCCCUGCCUGACUAUCUGGAGGACACCAGCACAGCCACUGGUGAAGACAGGCGCUUCAUGAGUUUCGUCGGUCGUUAUAAGUUCCACCUGGCCCUGGAGAACGGCCUGUGUCCCGACUACAUGACGGAGAAGCUGUGGCGGCCCAUGCACCAGGGCUGUGUGCCCAUUUACAGGGGCUCAUCAUCGGUGGCCGACUGGCUGCCGAACAAUCAUUCUGCUAUCCUCAUUGACGAUUUCCCCUCUCCACGGGAUCUGGCGGAGUUCAUAAAGACUCUGGAUCAAGACGACGCGGAGUACUCGCGCUAUCUGGAGUACAAAACACCCAGCAAGAUCACUAACCUGCGUCUGCUCGAGGGGCUGGAGAGCAGAGAGUGGGGUGUCAACGACAUGAGUAAACCAAACUACCUGAACGGGUUUGAGUGUUUUGUGUGCGACAGAGAGAACGAGCGUCUGGCAGCAGUGAAAGCGCACAGGAAGAACCCACAACAAAACCUGCCGCCUCAACCAAAGAUGGCCAACAGCUCGCACAUGGGCUGCCCACUGCCCAGUCCUGGAUAUGGGCCUGUGGAGAGUAUUGACCCAAAUGAUGGGUAA